AUGACCAGAUGCACUGUCAUACGCCGUCCAAAGUCAACUCGAUUAUCCAACAGCAUACCUAAUUCACCAGCAAACUCGUUCCUUCCGUCAAGUGGGCGAUGGUAUGUAAAUCGAUACCUGAAACGACCCGAGCGAAAUUCACGUGUUUCCCGUCAUUCGCAUUUUGCCUUUUCUAAAUUUAACUGGCGUGAAAUUACACUAAAAAAAAAAAAAAAUACAGCAAAAAAAAACCUUGGAGUCAGAACCACGAGACAUCCAAAUAUGAAUAAUCAAACCAGUAGGAAACAGUUGGGUCAAUCCCCCAUAAAUCUCGAUGAAGAAAAUGUCAUCGGGAUCCAGCUCCCACCGUUGAUCAUGAGCGGGCAUUGGAGCCAGGAUGGCUACACCACACUCGUCAACACAGGAUCAACUGCGCGUAUCACCCUUGGGGGUGAGAGAAUUCCAGCAACGAUUCGCGGCGGCCCUUUUGGAGACGACGUAUAUCAGCUUGACGAAGUCACAUUUCGCUGGGGCUCAGCGGAUUGCAUGGGAGCUGAGCACACGUUGAACGGCACCUGGUUCACAAUGGAAGCUCAAGCCCUUCACUGGAAUUUGCGAUAUGGUGCUUUGGAGAAGUGUUGGGACAAGCGAGACGGACUUGCCAUUUGCGCCUAUUUUCUUCAAGUUUAUCAGCUACCAGCCUGGGAGGAAAAUCCCCUCUUCAGCAAAAUCACUGACAACUUGGACAAGGUCAUUCAGCCCGGAAUAUCAGCGAAGAUAACUCCAAAUUCGUUGUGCUGGAUGAGGCAGGCCUGCCAGACACCGGGAUACUACACGUAUCAAGGCUCGAUCACAACGAGUCCAUAUCACGAGUGCGUCACUUGGAUAAUCUUCCCAGAGCCUGUGAGGAUAUCCGAACAUCAGGCAAGAAUGUUUCGCAGUUUACGCAAUAAAUAUGGCAGCUGCAUACGGGAAAACCAUCGGCCUGUACAACAUCUCAACGGACGAUUAGUUUACUAUGCUAGUUAA